AUGUGUAUUCUGAAGCAGAGGCAAUACUUUGUAAAACAAUAUACUAAAAUGCUCCUGGUUAUCAAUGUUAUUUCACACAAAAGUUUGACGUCUAGCACAUCUUAAGCAUUUCAAUUUUAUUCAAAUUUAAAUUCAGACUUAGUAAGAUUUUUAUACUAUGUAGCCUAUAAGAAUAUAAUAAUGUUAAUAAUAUGCUGAUUACAAUACAGAUUAUGAUGAAGGAUCUGAAUACUUAAAGUCAGUAGAAGAAUAAUUUUCUUGUUCAGAUGUGCUCCUUAUUCAAUUUAUAUUUUUUUCAGAUAUAAAUGCAGGAUCUCCAACGUAAUUAAAUUUAAUAUACAAAAAGGGAUACAUGUUAUUCAGCAAUAACAGAAUUUGCAAAAGAUAUUUGUAUCUAUAUUGUAGCAGUAGAUGUAAGUGUAAGUUUAUAAUAAUAUUAAAUGUAACUUGUGUAUUGUGUUUGUGUUAUCACACUUCUAAAAAAUAAGAAGGAAAUUUCUAUUCUAGAAAGGCUCUUUAUGAUUGAUUAUCAUUUAUUUUGA